AUGGCGGGAAUCUUUGUCGUAUUCUCCCUGGGCGGUCCAGCACUGAUGUACUACGUCACACCGGCUGAAGGAGAAGUAUUCAAGAAGUUCAACCCUGAACUACAGGCGCGCAACCUCGCACUAAAGGACGAACGGAUGAAGAACUACGAGGCAUUCUUGCAAGAGUUGAAGGAACUAAGCAAAUCCGACAAGAACAUGUGGGUGGCUGCAAAGGAAAAGCAAAAGAAGAUGCAGGAACAAUUUCUAGAGAACGAGGCUCAAGAGAAGGCAUUACAGCAGAAGAUGCGGGAGGAGAUGAAGGCUGAAGCACGGGGUAUGCGCGACCAAAUGAGAACGGAAGCAAGAGGCGUAUAA